ACGAUUUCCAGUGAGUUCCUUAGUCCUUGUCAACUGCCCGAGCGUGUUCACCGAUCUGAUUAAUUAUACGUAAAUACGCACCUACUAGCGUAAGCGAGACGAGACGACCUGCCGAAGUAGACGGAAUCGCUGAACGAGUGGGCGAGGGGAGGAAACGCGCAUUGUCGCGGUGUUGGAUUUUCUUUCAGGCGAGCCGAACCAGCGGCGCGGCAUACGAAAUGUGAAUCAUCGGCCGUACGAGCGACGACAGGAGGAGGCGUCUGUCUCGGUCCGUGAAUUCGAUCCAAGUGGAGAGACCGUGUCGCUGCUAAUUACCAACCGUAUUUUCACUCCGUCCCAUGAAACAAAGCGUGGACUAUAACAAUAAGGCACCGGAAGCGAAGAUAACGUUUACCGUUUUCCGAUCGAUACGCCGAUGCAGGCGUCGACAGAGGCGGGUUUCGCGAAUCGCGAGCAAACCAACAAGUCGGUUUCGAACGAGCAUGGAAACGGAACAAAGAGCAGGGCCAGGGUGAGCUUAGCAGCGAGUUACGAUAAUAGAAAAAGGGAUUCACGACGGCAGGGGAUCGUGGAACAGUAGCACAGCUGGAGACGUUUCGUCUCUCCCUUAUCGCUACCCCCUUCGACCACGAAGACAGCCGCGCGAUGCUUCGAGAGUGACUCACGAGCCCUGUUUAGCAUACGAAUGGUUUUCUCCCUUUUUCGGGAGGCGUGCGCAUAUUUCAUCCAAACUAUAGUGACGCGCGACGCUCUCGUCCGAGGGGUACGCGCGAGGAAUUUUCAAAUCGUCGAAUCGGUCAUCGUAUCUUCUGUCUCCGAAUUUCAUGCGGUGGAGUCAGGUUCCUGAUGAUCGGCCGGAAAACAGGAUGCGCAUCGCUUUCCGGUCCUCCUCGUUUCUUUUUUUUUUUAGAGAAGCGAAGACCUUCCAGGCCCGGAAACGACACGUAUGGGCCGAACGUGAAUCAUCAAGGCAACAUAAUUUGGGGUAAAAUAGAUAGGGUGUCGUUGCGGGGUAUCGAACGCGAUCGAGCUUGUAUCCUGGACUGUCCUGGAGGCUGUUCCUCGGUCGCAUGUUCUCGGCACGCCGCCGCCGGUUGGAGAAUCUUCUCCCCCUCCGCGUGGUCUGCGGGCUUUGGCUCGGCGGGACCGAGCGGAGCGGAGCGAAGAGUCGACCUCAGGACAUCGACACGAGCGCGUUUCCUCGUCAGUUUCGUCAGCUUCGGUUCAACGGUGCACUACUCCUGCGCGACGUCCGACUACUACUUUCACCUCGGUCUUCCAACAGAUCAGCUGUACUCUUCCUCGAACUCUUCGUCUAACGGAGAAAGGCCAGCUUUAGAAUGCGAGAAAUCGUGCACCUGCAAGCCGGACAAUGCGGGAACCAGAUCGGCGCGAAGUUCUGGGAAGUGAUCUCCGAGGAACACGGCAUAGACCAGUCGGGGAUCUACCACGGGGACAGCGAUCUGCAGCUGGAGCGAAUCUCGGUCUACUAUAACGAAGCUUCUGUGGCGACUUCGACCAAUGGAGGAAAGUACGUGCCGCGGGCCAUUCUUCUGGACUUGGAGCCAGGAACAAUGGACGCGGUUCGAUCCGGAGCUUACGGGAAACUGUUCCGACCGGACAAUUUCGUGUUCGGGCAAUCGGGAGCGGGGAACAACUGGGCGAAGGGCCAUUACACCGAGGGCGCUGAACUGGUCGACUCCGUUCUGGACGUGGUCAGGAAGGAAUGCGAGAACUGCGACUGCCUACAAGGCUUUCAGCUGACUCAUUCGCUCGGCGGCGGCACCGGAUCCGGCAUGGGCACGCUGCUCAUCUCGAAGAUCCGCGAGGAAUACCCCGACAGAAUUAUGAACACGUACUCGGUGAUGCCGUCGCCGAAAGUUUCAGACACCGUCGUAGAACCUUACAACGCCACCCUCUCCGUCCAUCAGCUGGUCGAGAACACGGACGAGACUUACUGCAUCGACAACGAAGCCCUUUACGAUAUUUGCUUCCGCACGCUCAAAGUAUCGAAUCCGAGUUACGGCGACCUGAAUCAUCUGGUCUCGCUGACCAUGUCCGGCGUUACGACUUGUCUCAGGUUUCCCGGCCAGCUGAAUGCCGACCUGCGGAAGCUGGCGGUGAACAUGGUCCCGUUCCCUCGUCUCCACUUCUUCAUGCCCGGAUUUGCUCCAUUGACCUCCAGGUCCAUGCAACAGUAUUCGGCGCUCUCGGUGCCUGAACUUACGCAGCAAAUGUUCGAUGCGAAGAACAUGAUGGCCGCCUGCGACCCGAGACACGGACGAUACCUCACGGUGGCCGCCGUGUUCCGCGGUCGAAUGUCGAUGAAGGAAGUCGACGAGCAGAUGCUCAGCGUCCAGAACAAGAACAGCUCGUACUUCGUCGAGUGGAUCCCGAACAACGUGAAAACCGCCGUCUGCGACAUCCCACCCAAGGGUCUGAAGAUGUCCUCGACCUUUAUCGGGAACACCACCGCCAUUCAAGAAUUGUUCAAGAGAAUCUCGGAGCAGUUCACCGCGAUGUUUCGUAGGAAGGCCUUCCUCCACUGGUACACGGGCGAGGGCAUGGACGAGAUGGAGUUCACCGAGGCCGAGUCGAACAUGAACGAUCUGGUCUCGGAGUACCAGCAGUACCAGGAGGCCACAGCCGAGGAAGAUUUCGAGGCCGAGGAAUGCGCCGACGAUUUCGAAGCCUGCGAACAAGAGUAACGACCCUUGCGACUCGUCCUUUCCCUUUUCUACCCUCUCUUCCUCUUCUUCCGUACUUAUGCGCAGAGCCUUGUUCGCGCGAUCGGGAACAACGAUCGCAAAGGGGUGAGUAACGUGAAGGCACGUAUUUACUCGUAUUGCACGCGUCCACGUGUACGUACGUAUCGCGAAACGUAUGACUCAGCGAGACGUUACGAGUGUGCGAACGAGCAGACGAGGGAAGAUCGAGUGAAUACGUGCCUUGACGAGUCGAUCGAACACCAAAGCACAGAACCAAAAAUCUAGCUUGUACGCGUGGCACACGUCUCACGAUGUAGCGUAAGUUUGUCCCUUGCAGAAAUAUACAAGUGUUUUUCAAAUUA